CUCAAUUGGAAUCAAUUUCCACAUUUCUAACUAACAUUUUGAAGUUCGAAUUUUUGAAACAAAAAAUGUUGAAUAGAUUACUUAUCACUGUUAUAUUCAUUGAAAUUUAUGUUCAUUGUAAUGUAUCGAUUAAAACUAAAUCUGAAGUUGAUUCUCAAAAAUACGAUCCGUAUAAAAUUUGGAGCAGAUUUAAUGCAACAAACGCAAAUGGAAGUGAAGUGGUCGAAUAUCAAAUUCGAAACAUACCUAACACGCGAUUUGAAGAGGCAAUGCAUUUGAUGCAACAGUUUCUUGAAGACGAAGCACUUAAUAAAAUUCUUGAUAUAACUAUAACCAAUCAUCACAUUCAAAGAAGUAGAGAGUAUUGGAAAUUACUUCUACACAAAAAUAUGUCAGUGGGAUGCUUUGAUGAUGAUGAUAAGAUGGCCGGUGUUGUCUUAAUGUAUAUUGGCAAAAGGAUAGGUUCGAAAAGCAAGAGAGGCAAGAUAACGCAAAUAUCUAUGGAUCUAAUGGAUGUUGAUAUUUUCGAAAUUUAUCGAGUCGAUGAAUAUUUGGCGAAUAAAGGAGUGGUGGUUCAACGGGAAUAUCGCCGUCGUGGCAUUGCAAAGCAGCUUCUCGUGAUAACUAAAGAUAUUUGUGCCGAAUAUAGAUUAGAAGUGGCAGCCAGCGUCAUUACAUCUCCUACUAUUGACAAAAUUGCCGCUGAUCUAGGAUUCCAGCUUGAUGUAAGCGACAGGCUGUCGGAUGAUUUGAUAGUAAAUUUGAGAUCUAUUAAAUAUAAGCAUAAGUAGUAUUCAAAUGAACAACAUCUAGAAUAUUGUAGUAGAACUUUCGAAAAUAUUAAAGCAGUUUGCAAACAAAG